UAGCAACUGUGUUGCGGCUCUUUACAACCCGCCCUGUGCGCCUGUGACCUCGGGGUCGGUGCUGGGUCGCCUGCCCGGGACCGCGGCUCUCGGCACAAAGCUGCCGGACCCCCGCCGCCCUCGCCGCGCUCUCGCGUCAUGGAGGCGGUGGCCGUCCCCCGGCGCGCAGGCCCCGCUUUCCCGGCCGCCGCCCUGGUCACCGAGAGCGCCCGGCCGCUGGCCGACGGGCUCAUCAAGUCGCCCAAGCCCCUGAUGAAGAAGCAUGCGGUGAAGCGGCAUCAUCACAAGCACAACCUGCGGCACCGCUACGAGUUCCUGGAGACCCUGGGCAAGGGCACCUACGGGAAGGUGAAGAAGGCUCGGGAGAGAGCCGGGCUCCUGGUGGCCAUCAAGUCAAUCCGCAAAGACAAAAUCAAAGAUGAGCAAGAUCUGCUGCAUAUACGGAGGGAGAUUGAGAUCAUGUCAUCACUCAACCACCCCCACAUCAUUGCCAUCCAUGAAGUGUUUGAGAACAGCAGCAAGAUUGUGAUUGUCAUGGAGUAUGCCAGCCGGGGGGACCUGUAUGACUACAUCAGCAAGCGGCCGCAGCUGAGCGAGCGUGAUGCCAGGCAUUUCUUUCGGCAGAUUGUUUCUGCCCUCUUCUACUGUCACCAGAAUGGGAUUGUCCACCGAGAUCUCAAACUGGAGAAUAUCCUUCUAGAUGCCAAUGGAAAUAUCAAGAUUGCUGAUUUUGGCCUUUCCAAUCUAUACCACCAAGGCAAGUUCCUGCAGACAUUCUGUGGGAGUCCCCUCUAUGCCUCACCCGAGAUCGUCAAUGGGAAGCCCUAUGUGGGCCCAGAGGUGGACAGCUGGUCCCUGGGUGUCCUCCUGUACAUCCUGGUGCAUGGCACCAUGCCCUUUGAUGGGCAGGAUCAUAAGACUCUGGUGAAGCAGAUCAGCAGUGGGGCUUACCGUGAGCCACCCAAGCCCUCUGAUGCUUGUGGCCUGAUCCGGUGGCUGUUAAUGGUGAACCCCACCCGUCGGGCCACACUGGAAGAUGUAGCCAGUCACUGGUGGGUCAACUGGGGCUACACCACCCGUGUUGGAGAAAAGGAGAGUCUUCGUGAGGGUGGGCACCCUGGGAGCGAUUCUGGCCGGGCCUCCAUGGCUGACUGGCUGCGCCGCUCCUCCCGCCCCCUUCUGGAGAAUGGGGCCAAGGUGUGCAGCUUCUUCAAGCAGCAUGCGACUGGAGGUGGAAGCACUGGGCCUGGGCUAGAGCGCCAGCAUUCACUCAAGAAGUCCCGUAAAGAGAAUGACAUGGCUCAGACUCUGCAGGGUGACCCACCUGAGGAUACCUCCCCCCGCUCUGGCAAGAGCAGCCUCAAGCUGCCAAAAGGCAUUCUCAAGAAAAAAGCCUCUACCUCCUCAGGGAUGGUACAGGAGGACCCUCAGGAACUCAGCCCAGUGCCUGAUACAACACAGCAGCCUGCACCCCUGCUUCCCAGGAAGGGCAUCCUCAAGAAGUCUCGGCAGCGUGAAUCUGGCUACUAUUCUUCUCCAGAGCCCAGCGAAUCUGGGGAACUCUUGGACACUGGGGACGUGUUUGUGGGUGGGGACCCCAUGGAACAGAAAUGUCCGCAAGCUUCAGGGGCACUUCUCCAUCGCAAGGGUAUUCUCAAACUCAAUGGCAAGUUCUCGCACACAGCCUUGGAGUGCACGACUCCUAGCACCUUCGGCUCCCUGGACCAACUGGCCUCCCCUCACCCUGCAGCCCAGGCCAGCCGCCCCUCAGGGGCUGUGAGUGAGGAAAGCAUCCUGUCUUCUGAGUCCUUUGACCAGCUGGACUUGCCGGAGCGACUCCCUGAGACCCCACUGAGGGGUUGUGUAUCUGUGGACAACCUCAGGAAGCUGGAGCAGCCUCCCUCAGAAGGCCUGAUGCGCUGGCGGCAGGACCCCCUAGGGGAUAGCUGCUUUUCCCUGACAGACUGCCAGGAGGUGACAGCAGCCUACCGCCAAGCACUAGGAAUCUGCUCAAAACUCAGCUGAGGGUGAAAGGCAGUGCCCCAGUGUGGGGUGGGCUCUGAGAUGUUCCUGAGGGGAGAGGACCUCCUCCCCUGUCUCCCAAGACCAGCAUCCCAGCCCAGAAGUUGAGAGGGCUUGCAGAGGAACCCUAGGCAGGGUACCUGGGGAAGUGGGUGAAUGAAAUGCAUCAAGGGCUAAAUGUCUUCAGGCCUAUUGAACCGGAAAGAUGAGGAGGGGAAGAGGGGAAGAGUAGAGAUGUGGAAGGGAACAGGAAGGGCUCAAGGAGGUUAUUGUGGUAGCAUGGCAGAGACCUGGAAAGAGCCCUCCAUCAGUGUCUACCUCCUUCAUGCCAUGAGUGUUUCGCAUGGUAUAUUUCCCCGUUCGUUCCCCACCAACUUGGGGGUACAUCUUCACACAAGUUCUCACCAACCACCUGAUGCACCUGGGGGUAAUCUGGAGUAACCUAGCCCCCUUAUUUAAGAGGAAACAGCUUCUGUUUCCUCAAAGGUUCUGUCCUCUUUCCCAGGAAUGAGCCACCCAGAAUCAGUCGCUGCUAUGGGUCUAAAAGACUUGAAAAGGCUUAGGCCACUAUGUGACUUCAUCUCAAGGGGCCCAAAUUUUUGGACCACGAAGAUUUGAACUUCUGCCUUGAAGCUGCUUCUGAUGUCUCGACUAUGGAUGUGUCUUUCUCAGGCUGGCAGGACCAUAGAAUGUGCUUAUUUUUAUGUUCUCAAUUCUGUUUUUUUUUUUUUUUUUUAAGUGAAUCUUGCUGCUUUCAGUAACGUGAAUGCUGCGUUCUGGUGAAAAAUACUGAGCCAUCGAAGUUUCAUGUGUGGAGGUGUUUUCCUCUAAUCAGAGGAAAGGGGCCUUUUUUUUUUUUUUUUUUGAGACAGGG